AUGGCCCACCUCCGCAACGCCUCGUACUAUCAAGACAGCCAUGAUGAGUACGCAUCCAGCUCUAGCUCGCAUCGUCAACCAUAUCAUGUUCACCACCUUCAUGUUGCCCGAACGGAGCGCCGUGGCCGUCCAGCUUACACGACUGUUCGGCCGUUCGUCAUCAACAGCAUCGAUGACCAUCCGAGACCUAUAAGGAGUGAGAGGGACGACCAUGAUGAGCAUCACCGGCGCGUAGGCGGCUACGUAGCUGACCGGCUUGUUCCUACCAUGCUGAGAAGUUCUGACCGCCCGGUUGGGGUAAUCAUGAACUUUGGUGAUGCCAGGCUUGCCCUGCCGGACACGGACACCAGACUGGAUGAUGGCUAUAAGCGCAACCAGUCAUUGACCAGGGUGCCCAAUGCGAUCAUUUACAACGCUCCCGGUUGUAGUCUGACUCUUGAUGGACGAAGAUGCGAGAGCUAUUGUGACCGCUGCGACAUGGUUGAGAGAGACCAUCGGGAUCAGGAUUGGGAGAGGCAUCAUCGCCGUCACCAUGACCAUCGCGAUGAACGGGAACUGGAUCUUGAGCUGGACAGAAGACAUCACGACCGUCCCCGUCGUUCUCGGUCCCAUAUCUGUGUUGUAUCUCACUCCCGCAACCCAUCGCCUUCUCCCCUUCCGUUAUCCAACAGGGACCGACAUCAUCACAUCGACAGGGUGCUGGACCAUGGGCACAAUAGUACCUCUAGGCAUCGCGACCGUCAUCCUCGGCCUCGCUCCCGCUCGCACGUCCGCAUUACCUCACACUCACGCGAUCCGUCUCCAUCUCCAUCACCUCUCCCUCUGCCAGGACUCUUCCCUAUCGCUACUGUCGUCGAGAAAGCCACCCACUCCAACCGCAGCCGCAGCCAGCACCGUGGAGUGUCACGAGUUUGUCCAGGUUGUCUUAUUAAGAACACCCUCUAUCGAGAUGGUUAUUGCGUCGACUGCAUCCCGCAGAGUUACACCUCCAGCUCAGGACGCCCAGACGUCUUUCCACUGUCCAGUGGCACAAGGGUCAAGUACCUCCGUGACACAGACGGCGGAAAUACGAGCGAGGACAGUUGGGCGCGGGUCGAUGUUGCUUCAGGUCCUACUGGUAACCAUGGGAACAGAAGAAGGGGCAGGGCCCGGUCCGGCGAAAGGGUUGUGUACGAUGUCGUGACUGAUAGCCGAGGAUAUAACCAGUCGCGUCGUAGAGGUGGGAGUAGAUGGGAGAAGGAGAGGGGUGGGAGUAGAUGGGAGAAGGAAAGGAGUGGGAGGUCGAUGCCGAGGUAUGAGGGGUAUGGCAGUGAGUCGGAUGUGUGA